UAAUUAAAAAAAAGGAUUAAAUUUUGACCCUCCUAUUUCUUCCUUUCUAUUUCGGUCAUGGAUUUCAAUGGAGCUAUGCUCAAUACUCCAUAGACAAGAAAUCCAUAAACCCCAGCAACCCUUUCUUGAAAGGCGUCGUCUUCAGGAGCUGAAAAUUUCUCGAUUCAGAUUUUUUCUUCAUAAUUUUCUCUCGAGUGAUUCUUGUUGCGUAAAAUUUGAGUAACAAUCGGAUAGUAUUAUUAUGUAUAGAUCUGGCGUGGUCAUGGCGUGGAACGUGUUCAAGUUUUGCACGGCCCUGAGGGGGCUUGGGUCCAUCAUGAUACUGUUGGUUCUCGGCGUCGUUGGCGUCAGCUAUUACGCGGUGGUGAUUACAAAUUACGGGCCGGGACUCGCCGUCGGCGGCCUUGAUUCGCUCGUCGCCUUCUUCAUUUUGAUCUUGUUUCACGGUCUGUUGGUGAUGCUAUUAUGGAGUUAUUUUUCGGUUGUAUUUACUGACCCGGGCAGCGUGCCUCCAAAUUGGCGACCAGCGGUCGAUGAAGAAAGAGGAGAUAGUGACCCAUUGACAGCUACAGAAUUUCCAGCCGACUCAGAGAAUAAUAGAAUACGAUAUUGUAGGAAAUGCAACCAGUUGAAGCCACCUCGAUGUCAUCACUGCUCUGUUUGUGGGAGGUGUAUACUGAAGAUGGAUCAUCAUUGUGUUUGGGUUGUCAACUGUGUAGGGGCAUUGAACUACAAGUAUUUCCUUCUCUUCCUGUUCUACACAUUCCUCGAAACUAGUGUCGUUACAUUAUCAUUACUGCCACAAUUCAUUGCUUUCUUUGGUGAUGGCGAGAUUGCUGGAACUCCAGGAAGUCUAGCGACAACUUUUCUUGCUUUUGUAUUAAAUUUGGCAUUUGCUUUGAGUGUAAUGGGAUUCCUGAUUAUGCAUAUAUCGUUGGUGGCUGCAAAUACAACAACCAUCGAGGCUUAUGAGAAGAAGACUUCUCCAAAAUGGCGUUAUGAUCUUGGACGAAAGAGAAACUUUGAGCAGGUGUUUGGAAUGGACAAGAAGUAUUGGUUCUUACCAGCUUACGCUGAAGAAGACAUACGCCGGAUUCCAGCUCUUCAGGGUCUUGAAUAUCCUUCGAAACCUGAUUUGGACUCUGAAGAAUUUUGAGAUUGAUGAUAAUCUUACAAUUAAUAGUACCCCUGCAAUUCUUGUCUGAAAAUGAUGAUAUUACACAGAAUUCAUCGACUUCAUCAGGUGAAUUGAAAAUUGGACUGGAAAUUUUUUGUGCUGACAGAUUUAAUGUCUCGACAAAAGGUGGCUGACGGGUUUUAGAUUUUUUCAUUGGUGAAGAAAAAUUACUGUAUACCGUAUAGAGAACUAGGGUCGUUCGUUUGGCUGCAGCCCAACUUGUUACGACGUGUAAGCUUCGCUUGUUAGAAAUGUAGAUUGAUUGUAGCAUUUUUUCUUUUUUUCUGUUGUACUUUAUUGUUUUUCCGUAACACGUAAUGGUACCGUAAUUUUACCUUUGUUUUUUUUCUUUUGGUGUUGAGGAAAAUUGGUUGCUCUCAUUACAUUUUAGUCGGUAAAAUGUGUAAUUAAGGGUUGAAUAAUGAUACACGCACAUCUUAAUUAGCAUCUUUUUUUUUUUUGUUUAAUUUUUCCCUUUGAC